AUGACUGUCGCAGAUCUCAAAGCCGUCAUACAAAGCGAUAUUAACGUAACUCCUUCCGCAUUACGUCUUUUCUUCAAUAACCGGCUCUUAGCAAGCGAUUCUCAGACAUUGGCACAAGCCAAGAUUACGGAGGGAGACAUGCUUGCCAUGCAGAUUCUAACUCAACCACCACGCCCACAGCAACAGCAACAGCACAACAGCAUACGGCGGUUAGCGGGAGGAAAUACAAGUUCAGAUAACGAACAAGCCACCACCAGACAGGGAUCUAUGCCAGAUCCAGAGACAUUGCGGCUGCAUAUGCUAGGUGAUCCAAGAGUGCUGGAGGGGGUGCGAAGACAAAAUCCAGCACUAGCAGAAGCAGCAGGGAAUGCGCAACAGUUCCGUGAAGUGCUGCUCGCGCAACAACGGCAAGAGGCAGAGGCAAUCGCUGCGAAGGAAGCAAAAAUUGCAAUUUUAAAUGCGGAUCCAUUUAACGUGGAUGCGCAGAGAGAGAUUGAAGAAAUUAUUCGCCAAAAUGCAGUUUUGGAGAAUCUACAAGCGGCGAUGGAGCACACGCCUGAAGCUUUUGGUCGGGUAAGCAUGCUGUAUAUACCUGUUGAAGUGAACGGCCAGCGGGUAAAAGCUUUUGUCGACUCGGGUGCGCAAGUCACAAUAAUGUCACCAGAAUGCGCCUCUGCAUGCAACAUCAUGCGCUUAAUAGACCGUCGCUAUGGUGGCAUUGCUAAAGGCGUUGGGACAGCUGAUAUCCUCGGACGAGUACACUCCGCCCAGAUUAAAAUCGGAGAUAUUUUCCUUUCCUGUUCGUUUACUGUGAUGGACGGCAAACACAUCGAUCUUCUUCUUGGGCUCGAUAUGCUUAAACGACACCAAGCCUGCAUUGAUCUGCAAGAUAACGUUUUAAGGAUCGCAGGCCAGACCGUGCCCUUCCUCAACGAAGCCGAUAUUCCCAAGCACGAUGAACCCGAAGAUGAGCCACAGGUGCAUGGACGUGAUGGUGCCAUUGUAGGUGCCCGGUCAGGCGCUGUCACCCAUCCGGCUAACCCGCCUUCAUCCUCCACUCCACAGUCCCACUUCAAGGCAGCAAAUUCCCCAACCUCUCCUGCUUCCACACCAAAAAUAAACAUUCACUCUGCUUCCUCUGCUGGGCCGUCCUCCACCUCCUUCAAUAAUCGGAACAUUUAUGCGUCCAACCAGCAAUUGCCGGCAUCGCGAUGGCCCGCUGAGUCAAUUUCCAAGAUAACGGAUCUUGGCUUCACGCGAGAAGAAGCACUACAAGCUCUUGAAGCUGCUGGUGGGGAUCUGGAUGGAGCCAUCGGCUAUCUUAUUUAA